CAGAAGUGUCCAAUAGAAUUUCUGAAAAACAGGGUGGUUUCCAGGACUCCACCAGCUGGCAGAUACAGCGGGGAGAAAACCCUAGACCUCCUGGGUCCCAGCCGGGAGCUGGGACUGUGAUCCUGAGUGGUGUUUGGCCAAAUUGGGAAUCUUUUUGGAAGAGACGGCGUCUGAGGUCUGAAUGGAGAACACUUCUUACAGCUACGAGUACGGGGAUUACGGUGACGUUGGGUAUCUCCCUGUGGACUGCCUGGAUGGUGCCUGCCGCUCCAUCAACUCGUUCUGGGUGGCCUCGCUGCUGCUGUAUGCUGCCAUCUUCCUGGUGGGAGUGCCGGGCAAUGCCAUGGUGGCCUGGGUAGCCGGGAAGGAGGCCCGCCAGAGGGUGGGCGCCACCUGGCUUCUCCACUUGGCUGCAGCAGAUUUGUUCUGCUGUAUAUCUCUCCCCAUCCUGGCGGUGCCCAUUGCCACCGGAGGUCACUGGCCAUAUGGAGCCAUGGGUUGUCGGGCCCUGCCCUCGGUCAUCCUGCUGUCCAUGUAUGCCAGUGUCCUGCUGCUGGCUGCUCUCAGUGCUGACCUCUACCUACUGGCCCUCAGGCCCACCUGGUGGGCAGCAGCUCGGCGGACACGUGGGGUACAGGUGGCCUGUGGGGCAGUCUGGACACUGGCCUUGCUGCUCACUGUGCCCUCUGCCAUCUACCGCCGGCUGCACCAGGAGCACUUUCCCGCCCGGCUGGAGUGUGUGGUGGACUACGGUGGCUCAGCCAGGACCGAGGCUGCGGUGACUGCUACCCGGGUUAUGUUUGGCUUCCUGGGGCCACUGGUGGUGGUGAUCAGCUGUCACAGUGUCCUCUUGUGCCGGGCAGCCCAACGCCAUUGGCCUUUGGGCAUGGCUAUUGUGGUGGGGUUCUUUGUCUGUUGGGCUCCUUACCACUUGUUGGGACUGGUACUCACUGUGGCUGCCCCAAACUCUGUGCUCCUGGCCCGAGCCCUGAGGGCCGAACCCCUGGUUGUGGGCCUUGCCUUGGCUCACAGCUGCCUCAAUCCUGUGCUCUUCCUAUAUUUUGGACGGGUUCAACUCUGCCGGUCACUGCCAGCUGCAUGUCAUUGGGCCCUGAGGGAGUCCCAGGACCAGGAUGAAAGUGUAGUCAGCAAGAAAUCCACGAGCCAUGACCUGGUCUCAGAGAUGGAAGUGUAGGCUAGAGGGACACUGGCUUGCAUGUAUGUAUCCACUGCAUUCCACAACACUGACUUUGGGCAAAGGUGGAUCCAGGGGCUCACUGAUAUCUUCAUUUUACUCCUUCAUUCAUUCAGCAAAUACCCAUUAUGCACCUGCUUCUUGCAAGGCCCUGUUAUAGGCACUGGCCAUAAAGCAGUGACCAAAACAGACAGAAAUCCUGCCCUCAGGGGUUGACAUUCUAAUGGAGAAAAACAGACAAUAAACAAAGAAAAAAAGA